AUGCAAACAAACUCAAUGAUGAAAGGAUUUUUUAUAAUUAUUUUUCUUUUGAUUGAAUCAUUUUAUUGUAAACCGAAUACACACGUGUCAGGGAUAGGACGACAAAAAACACAUGGUCAUCGUAAAAUAACCAACUGUAUUGAGAAACUUGUCAUUCGAUUUCCUCAACAAAAGAAUGUCUCUGUAAAUAGUAAAAAGAAAUGUUUAGACUCUUUAAAGGCAAAUGGAAGUUAUUUAGAUUCCAGCUGGACUCAAAAUAAACCAUUCUUGGUCUUUCAAAGUUUAACCGGGCCUUAUAAUUUGCAUUUAGUGCAUUUGGCAGAUUCUAUGCGUAUAUGUCGUGAUAGUGUUAAGAAUAGUGUUAAAGCAUCUUUAUCAGAACAAAAUAAUCAAGGCUAUUCUGAAUCUUUACGAAAAGUAGAUUUACAUCAAAAAGUUAAGGAUAAUGGUUUGACGCAGAAUAAAGUACUUGGAAGGGUUAAUAGAAGAUCUUUGUAUUCUUUCUUAAAGACUUGGCCAUCGGAAUCAGAUAACUUUAAGCACAAGUCAAAUCGAUUAUUUGGAGCAAGGAAUGGUUAUUUGGGUAGAGGUGAUUCAUCUUUACACAAAACUGGGCAUAAAAAGCGUAUAAUUAAACGUUCUUUUCUAUCAAAUCGUCGUUCAAAAGUAUGUAAUAGUGUUUUCGAAGGAUCUGGUAUUAAUGGCAAAGUCGUAAAAUGUUUUGAAAAUAUUUUGAGGAAAAUAAGAUGUGGAAAUUCGUUUAAUGCAAUUUGUAUUUGUGAUUCUGUUGAAUAUUUGAAACGCUCUCAAGAAUGUUUACAUGGUCUUUCUAGGCAAGAUGGUUUAAAGGCUCGGGAAUAUCAUCAAAAGCUUUGUGAAAAUCCUGAUCCUCCUCCUAAAGAAUGUAUUAAUGAACCUGAACAAGAGGCAAGAAUUAUUUCUUGUCCAAAACCUUACGAGAAUAUUGAACUUGAUAUGACUACUUAUCAUUGUGCGAGAAAUGCAAUACGCAAUUCCUUAUGCACAGAUUUUUUUGAUGCAUCAUGUUUAUGCGAUUCUAUUUCUUAUAAUAAUAUGCUUAGUCGAUGCAUUUCCGAUUCAAUUACUUCUGUCAGUCUGAUACAUACGUAUCAUGAAACUCUUUGCAAAAAUCCUUUAUCUCUCUCGGGCUGCACUGCUAUUACUGUGAAAGAUUAUACAAGACCGGUAAAAUGUGAUUCUAUGUUCAAAGAUUUUGUCCCCGAAGGUGAAAUACUGGAUUGCUUAAAGAAGAAAGCUUUUGAAUCAAGAUGUAACAAUGAUUUUAAUGUUCCUUGUAUUUGUGAUUCCUUUUAUUUUGCAUCGACUGCUUAUACCUGUUUUUCAUCUUUUUUUGAUCAAGAAAGUCAAAAGAUCUUUGAUGAUAUUAAAUCUCUUUGUUACGAGUCUCAUUUUCAUAAAAAAUGUAUUGGCGAACGUGAUAAUACGCUUAUGCGUAGAAUUUGUCCUGGUUUUUACGAAGGCUAUGGAUUAGAUGAAGCAACUAAAAGAUGUAUAGUAAAGCUAACAAGAAGAUCUUAUUGUAAUGAUCCUCUUGAUAUUGCUUGUCUUUGUGAUUCUUUAACUUUUAUCAAUGGAUUAGUCACAUGUUUUGCCUCAGAACCGUAUAAUGGUAAUGAUAAAAUGAUGCUUUUUUAUGAAGAACUUUGUUUUAAUCCUUAUUCGUAUUCUGGAUGUAAAAGUUCUACGGCUUUAAGUGUAUUAAAUGUCGAUAUGAUGAAUAAAGGAUUCUCCAUUGAUAAUAAAACAUCAAUGGUUACAACUAGUGAGAAAAAGGUACAUACAAUGGAUUCGAAUAUACAUCAACCUUGUACCAAUAAAUCUCAAGCUAUAUUAGCAACCAAUUCAAUUAAAAAAGAUGAAUCAAAUGAAAGCUAUCAUUGUAAGGGCUUAGAUGAUGAUACUUAUGUUUAUGUUAAUCAAGGGAACAAUUUAUCAAUGGCUAAAAUAUCGAUUUGGUCAUUUAUUAUUAUAAUUACGACAUGUAUAAAUAACUUAUAA